GCCCCCAAGCAGAAGCACAAAGAAGAACGGUCCCUGUUUGUGCUUGGGUCUUAUCUUGACCUUGUCACUCGAUAUUACAGCAUCAUGCCUGAUCUAUCUUGUGCUUUGAACAUGCAAACUCAGUCCAAAAUGGAUGGACCCACUGAAAACAUCACGAAUCCAGUUGACGAGGCUCCAAAAGACAUCCCAACUCCUAUCCAUAAUUUGAAGACGGAACCAGAGAAUCUGGUGAGCAAUGUGGAGAAGGAGGCAAGCCUGGAAGUCUGCAUCUCAGUUUGCAAGCCAAACCAGGAACUGCACAUGGCUUGUCUCGAUUCAAAGAAUGACCAUCGCCAUGAUGACCUCGAACUGGAAUAUGUGCCCAAGGUACCUGAGGAAACAAUGGAUUACUUCGACCCAGAGGAUUUGCCCAAGUCACCCGACGAGAAAUUAGAAAGCCUCGAUGAUGGGCAGCCUUCUGACGACGAGUUCAAGGCCUCCGACGACCAGACAUCAAGUGAUUCCGAGACUUCGGACCCUUCUUCUGACAAUGAUAGCGACUUUGAGCCAAUGGAGUAUUCUCCCAAGCCAGCAAGGGCAGCACGGUCAAAGAAACGCGCCAAGGGGAACAAGGCGACGACCACAUCGACCCUAGAAGAGAAAGUCAAGAGCUUGAUGACCAGCAAUAUUCUCAGUGUUGCGAAGGAAAAUGCUAGCAAUUUUGAGCAGGCUAUCCCAGUGUCGCAAAAAAAGGACAAGGCAAAGGCACUCGCGGAGGAAGUUGCAAAGCUCCCAAUUGAUGACCAGCCACAGGCCAGAAAAGAUGCAACGGCGUUGAUUGAGGAUUCAAAGAAGUUCAACCCCUCGGCGUCAAUUGUCAACAUGGACUGGAAGCUCAAAGCCGCUGCGUGGAUGCGUGUUCGGGAAAGUUCGAAAGAGGAGCCAAAUGGAGGCUUACUCUGCGACGAGAUGGGUCUUGGGAAAACCCUUACAGUUCUCACAACUAUCGCGCAUGAGAAGUUCUCAGGUCGUUCAAAGGCCCCGACACUGAUCAUUGCUCCGAGAAGUUUGAUUACACAGUGGAUCGACCAAAUCUCUGUGCAUUGCGUGGAAAAGAUAAGCAAAGGGGUUCUUCAGUAUUACGCUGGUUCACGAAUAGGCGCGAAUGAUAUUGCGAAAGCGAUGCAAAAAAACCUCAUUGUUAUCACCACAUAUGACGAAGUCUGCAGUUCACAUCCGAAGUUGAAGCCCCCGGUAGACCUCAAGUCUACUGAAGAGCUUGAGGCUUGGAGAGAAAUGGAAUACGAUCGCAGAGCUGGACCUUUUCACAAGGUUGAGUGGCGCCGGAUUAUUCUUGACGAAGCUCAUUCGAUCAAGAACAAAGAUUGCGCGACCUCUAUCGCUGUCCGAGCCUUGAAGGGCAAAUUCAAAUGGGUUAUGAGCGGAACACCUUUGCACAACGGCGUUGAAGAACUUUACCCGUACUUGCAUUUCAUCUACACAUCAGAAAGAAUGGAAUACGAGACCUUCAUGAGAAAAUUCUCCAAUGGAUUGGAUCACAUUCUCGAGACCGUACUGCAUCGCAGUACAUACAGUACCUGGAUACUUGGCAAGCCAAUCGUCACGCUUCCGGGCAUUCACAACCGAGUCAUGGAGGUCGAACUGUGCUCAGCUGAACAGCUUCUUUACAGGGAAAUUCAGGAGCUUGGUAUUGCAAUGAUCAAUGGCUUGGCCGACACAAAGCACAAGCAAUGCAAAUGCAUCUUGGCAGUGAUAACAAUGCUGAGAAUGUUUGUGAGCCACCCGCUCCUCACCCAAAAGUUCCUCGAGACCGUGCUCAAUCGACGUGUCGUUGAAGAGCUCAAAGCCAUGGCACAAGAAGGUGUGGCCAAGACCCCAUCAACAGUCAUCAUCAACUCGAUUCUCGAACUUGGAGAUAGGAUUGCUCUCCGACCAAAGCCUCCAGGAGAUUUUGAUGAUCUUCUUGGUAUAUACAACAAAUUAAUCGUGGACAUCCGUCAAGAAGAGGGAUCUUUUGCCGAAUUUCUCCGCAGGAAAUGCCCUCGUUGCGAGGAACUCGUAUCAGGAAAGAAGGCAUUUGUGGUCACAUCCUGUGAACACGUUUAUUGCAAAGGUUGCUUUGAUGAACUUCCCGACCAAGAUGGAAAAACUGAGGCUGUCACCCGCAUCUGCAGCAAAUGUACCAAACCCAUCGAAGAGGCCGGAUACUCCGAGAAAGAGAUUGAGAAAUUCGGCAAAGACAACGAUAUCAAGGUUAUGAUUUCUUCACUAAAGACUGGCGGCGUUGGUCUCAAUUUGACUAUGGCAAACAAGUGCAUCCUCGUGGAUCCUUGGUGGAAUGAAGCUGUUCAAGACCAGGCGUACUGUCGUCUAUACCGCAUUGGACAACCGCGCUCAGUUGAGUACGUCCAAAUUGUAGCCAAGGCAUCCAUUGACAGAUGGAUGAUCAGUCUACAGGAAGAAAAGUCCCAGAACAUUCGCCAGGUGCUUAGUACAGACUCGCUCAAGGAGAUACUGGGUCUCUCCGGGGAUAUCCGCGAGGAGCCAAAUGGUGGAUUUUCGAUCAUCUCUAGCAAAGGAAACAAGUAUGUCCAUUCAUGGGCACAGUUCGUUGAAUCAGGAAUUAUUGAAGAGGUGGAUCCUUCGGAAGAAGCGUAG